AUGACCUCUAAUAUCAUAAAGGAUUUCCUAAAAAUACCAGAGAAGUUUUACAUUGUUCAACAGUUCAACCAGUGCAUCAUUUUUGCGUCACAGAGAGUCAAAGAGUACUUUGGGUUCCAGGACCCUGAGGGCAAAAUUAAGUUAAGUAAUUCCAUGCUGACUGAUAUCUUCCUAAUGACCUACAUUAACCGGAGUAUACAGUGUAAGCUCACCGAAUCGAUCAGUUGUACGAGGAUGACUGAAGAGCAAGCCAUCUUGCUGGGCAUUGACUGGGUGUGGGCUGUGUACGACUUACCCUCGAAAAACCCCAAGCUGCAGGUUGCGGUGCAGGUUAUUCACAUGGACAAGAAGGAAGAGGUGGAGGAGAAGAAGUUUAAGAUCUCUGAAUCCAUGAAAAUGGCAAAGGCAGAGUCGAUCAAUAAAACCAACCAUGAGAAGAUUGCUGAUUUCUGCUCCUCCAUCGGCAGAGAUUGCUAUGGACUCUUCCUCUUCUUUGGGCACAAGGGAGACCCAAAAUCAAUCUGUGGAGUCCUCAGCAAUGACUUCCAUGUGCGCUUGGGAAAUGGCCACGAGCUUGACAACACUUUCCUGCUGGAAAUCAUCGAGAAGGCCAAGACUGUCGUCACUCCGGGGAGAAUGUUGGAGCUAAUCCUUCAGAAAGAUGGUCUGCCGGAGGACUUAAAGCCAAUCUGUGUCAAGUUCACUCAGUGA